GAUCGACCCACCCAGUGACAUCACAGACUCAGGCUAACAUUCACGAAACGGCUGUCAUAUUUUCCGGUUAUUUUCAACAAAAUCCUGACCAGCUGAACAAGCAUGGCGGGUCAGUGUGUGGCAAAAGUGGAACUGACGGUGUCUUGUGAGCAUCUGCUGGACAAAGAUCUAACAUCCAAGUCUGACCCUCUGUGUGUCUUGCUGAUGAACUCCUCAGAAUCACAGUGGUUUGAGGUGGGCCGCACUGAGAAGGUGCAGAACUGCCUCAACCCAAAGUUUGCCAAGAAGUUUAUGUUGGAUUACUACUUUGAGGUGGUACAGAAGGUUAAGUUUGGCAUUUACGACAUUGACAACGCAACAGUGGAUCUUGGUGAUGAUGACUUCUUGGGAGAGUUCGAGUGCACACUUGGUCAGAUCGUCUCCAGUAGUAAGCUGACUCGACCACUGGUUCUAAAGAAUAAGAAGCCUGCUGGCAAAGGAACCAUCACGAUCACUGCAGAGGAGAUCAAGGACAACAGAGUGGUGAACUUUGAGGCGGAGGCUAGGAAGCUGGAUAACAAGGAUUUCUUUGGGAAAUCAGAUCCUUACUUGGAGUUCUACAGACAGAUGGAGUCAGGGUGGCAGCUUGCACAUCGGACAGAGGUGGUGAAGAAUAACCUGAAUCCCUGUUGGAGACCCUUCAAAAUCCCUGUACAGAGUCUGUGUGGUGGAGAUAUGGACAAACCUAUCAAAGUGGAGUGCUACGACUAUGACAACGACGGGUCUCAUGACUUGAUCGGGAUAUUUGAAACGACGCUUACACGCCUGACCGAGGCUUCACGCGCAACACCGGCAGAAUUUGAGUGUGUGAACAUGAAGAAGAAGCAGAAGAAGAAGCACUACAAGAACUCAGGAGUUGUCAGCUUCAAGCUGUGUGAGAUUGUGAAGGAGUACACAUUCUUGGACUAUAUCAUGGGAGGGUGUCAAAUCAACUUCACGGUGGCAGUGGACUUCACCGGGUCAAAUGGUGACCCUCGCUCACCUGACUCGCUGCACUACAUCAGUCCCAAUGGGGUCAACGAGUACCUGAGCGCCAUCUGGUCUGUCGGCAUGGUGAUCCAGGACUACGACAGUGAUAAACUGUUUCCUGCACUUGGGUUUGGAGCUCAGAUCCCCCCUAACUGGCAGGUCUCUCAUGAGUUCCCUCUGAACUUCAACGCCACAACUCCGUACUGCCAGGGUAUUGAAGGCGUAGUGGAGGCCUAUAGACUAUGCCUCCCCCAGGUACGCCUGUACGGCCCUACAAACUUCUCCCCCAUCAUCAACCACGUGGCCAGGUUUGCUCACCAAGCAGCCAGUCAGAAAACAGCAUCGCAAUACUUUGUGCUGCUCAUCAUCACGGACGGUGUAAUCACAGAUCUGGACCAGACGCGCUCAGCCAUCGUCAACGCCUCCCGUCUGCCCAUGUCCAUCAUCAUUGUUGGCGUGGGCGGCGCCGACUUCACCGCCAUGGAGUUCCUGGACGGCGAUGACGGCCGUCUGCGUGCCCCCAACGGCGAGACAGCCAGCCGAGACAUCGUGCAGUUUGUGCCUUUCAGAAACUUCCAGAACGCUCCAAAGGAGGCCUUAGCCCAGAGUGUUCUGGCUGAGGUCCCUGGUCAGCUUGUCACCUAUUUCAACAUGUACAAGCUCAGCCCACCUUCCAAGCCUUCCCAGCCUUCCCAGCCAACGCAGACCUGACUUCCUGCUCGUUACGAAGACCGUCCCAUGCAGAGGGACGCCUUGCCCCUGUCAAAGCUGAAUCUUGUGAGCUGUCAAUCAAACCCUCUUCAGGCAGCACACAUAAACAUCCUAUGUAACCCCUCAGAAACUUGGUCUGCUAAAUUACCUGGAACUGGAGAAUCGGUGGUGCAUGUUUAUAGUGUCUUCUCACACUAACACACACGCAGACACACGCAGACACACGCACACACACGCACACACACACACACACACACACACACACACACACAUACAGUAUAUAUGGCUAUUAGUGCUCAAGCAUAUGCAUGCUACUCUCAGGCUUAAAGAUGUAGUGGAAUAGGAAGUGUAGUCUUCCAGUCAAAAGGGUGAAGCAUUUCCUUCAGAGAAGAAAUCAGAGCUGUCAAAGUAACAGUUUCGAAAUCGUUACUGAGACAGCAGUUUGCUUCUAUGCCGUCAACGACCAACCUCGACCAAAACAAGCAGCCACCUCAACACGUCAUCUCACAUUCCAUCACCCUCAUCUCAGCAAUGCCAUACCAGCAGUUUAUUACCCUUUCGCCUGCGGGCUGUAUGCUGCGUGUCGUACGCCAUACAACAAUGCACUCUAUGCAAAGCCAUCUGUAGAUAGACGUUAACCUAAUGUGACCCUCUAGCUUCAUGCGUUAGCUUUUUUUUUAAAAUUGCUGAAAAGUUGAGAUCCAUUUUAGUACUCCCGUGUUGUGACAUUUUCAGUGCAGCUUCAUCAACAGUACAGCGCUUGAUAUACCGGUGCUCAUACAUCUUGAUCCUCUGUAUAAUUCAGUGUUUCUGAAUACGAUAUAUUUGUACAAUUUUAAAUAGCAAGUUUGACAGAUCCCUACUACAAACACCCUCUGCUCUUUGCCAAGAAAUGCUAUUGUGAAAGAAAACGAGAAAAGACCAGACUUGAAUGCUCAAACUUAUUCUUUUAUGGAACUUCUGUAGCACAGACACAAGCACACUAUAGAAGGCACUAUGCCAAAAUGUGUAGAGAAGAGGUUCAAAUAAAAGAGUUACUUUGUGCCAAGUACGGCCUUUUGUAGAUUUUUAUUAUUAAGCACUCUGAACGUUGUGAGGGGCUGAGUGAAGACUGGUUUCAUCCUUGGGUGUUCUGGAAAUGUCCUAAUUUUAGAAAGUCUUGUUUGGCCAGAAUGGGUACCAGGGAAGGAUACUUGCAAAAGCCAUGAGUCUAAGGUUUACAAUUUAUUAGUUGUUUCAUUAGUUGUUUCAUUAAUUGUUUAACAUUGUUUUUUUUAAUUAGAAUACAAGAAAUGAGUCACCUCCAAUAGCUUUAUAUCAACAAUUAUGGGCCAUUUUAUCACACAUUAGUUCAGGGGAAAAAAUGUAGUUGAUGAAACAUUUGAUUUGAUUGAUUACUUUUCAGAUAUUGUUGCUGCUCCUCAGCCUUAGCACUGUGUAUAGUUCUCCACAAGGGGUCAGUCUUUAGCCUCUAAUGGGUUUGGCCUUCAGUAUACAGUAUAUUUUUUGAAUACAUAUAUGCAUUUUUACUUUUUAAUGUGUCCACUUUACAUAUUUUGCUAUAGGUAGUAGAUGCUAUAUAUAAUGACUUCAGUAUUAAUUGAGAGCAGUUGGGUAACAUAACAUACUUAUGUUUUCUUUUGAAACGUUUUUACAAUAUGUAUAUUCAGUCUUCUUUUCAUGUUGUUAUUGUUUAUUCACAGCUUUUUAUAUUAUGUACACUCCAUAUGUUUUUGUUUGUCAACUGAACACACACACACACACACACACACACACACACACACACACUGCUUAACCUUCAGCCAUCUACCGAAAGUGCCAGAAAUGGAAAAAGUCUCAAUCAUCAAUCAUAACAUCUUUAUUCCACAGUGCUUAUAUAAAUUGAUAAUAUACAUAUAAUUACAUUAUUAAGAACAUGUUUCGAAAAAUAGGCCUCAAACAGUAACUGUUUCUUAAUCAUGUGGUCUUUAUAGUUCAGUUUAUUGAAUUGUUAUGGACUCCACAGCCUCAAUAUGAACUACUGCAACUGACUGUUAUUACACCAUAAUCUCAUGUGUGAUGCCAUUACAGGUGAAUUUCCCUGAAUGUUUAACGUAGAUAUUACAAGGAUGCAUACCCUGAGUAAUCUUCAAGAUUCAAGAUAUGUUCAAGAAAGACAUUCUUUGGUAGCACUUUAUUUUAAUGUGCCUCUAUUACAGUGUACCUACCUGCUUAGGUACAGUGGUACAACCAAUGUAACAGCAUGUACUAGCAUCGUACUUGCAUUAUGUAUUUGUGUGUACCUACCUACAUAUAGUUGUUACAUUGUAAUUCUGAGUGCUUUUGCAAAACUUUUCAUCAGAGGCAAAGGGCUGACCUGAGACCUGCUGGAUGGGGUAAAUCUGGUCAUGAUAGAUUUCAUAUAAUGUACAAACCUUUCUUGGCUCCAGUCAAGGCCUCAUUGUCCUCAGUGUGCAUGUAACCGCUGCACUGUUACACCUUUGUUACUCUUUGAUGCAGUGGAAAUAAGCCUGUUAAGUGUACCAGUUAAUUACUUACAUGUACACUGAGGACAAUAAGGCCUUGACUGGAGCUAAGAAUGGUUUGUAUAUUAAAUCUAUCGUGACGAGAUUUACUCCAUCUAGAAGGGCUCAGGUCAGCCCUUUGCCUCUGAUGAAAAAUGUAGGCAAAUUGGCAAAGUUUUGUAAAAGCUCUCAGUAUUACAAUGUAACUAUAUGUAGGUACAUACUGUACAAAUACAUAAUGCAAGUACAAUACUAGUACAUGUUAUUACACAGGUUGAACCACUGUACCUAACUAGGUACUGUAACAGCGACACAUUAAAAUAAAGUGUUACCCAAUCUGUUUGCAUAAUCAGUCACAGCCCAUCCAAACAUAUGUAUGAUUGAUGUAUUAAGAAUAAUGAAUUAUGUGUAAUCUGGGCAUUAGAUACAAUAUCACAUGUAAUCUGAAAAUAAUCAUAUUUUAUCUGGAGACAAAAUAAUUCUGUAUGAAGUUUUACACUUUGAAUACACCUUUGCUUGCAAAGUGGUUUGGUGGAAAAAAACAACAACUAUGUAACAGAUGAAAUAAAUGCAGUCUGUAAUUAC